ACACACACACACACACACACACACACACACACACACACACACACACACACACACACACACACUGCUGAAAGUAACGCUCGUGUCAUCGUGGAGGUGAACGUGGAUCUCAUCUCUGUGGACAGCCUGGUGGGCCGCGUGAUGGACCCGGACACGGACAUGGAGCACUUCGACGAGCGGGACAAGGGUGAGCGUCACGGCCGCGCCAACGGCGUGCAGAGCCCGGCUCAUAGCGCGCACUGCAGCCUCUUCCGUGCCCGCACCCUGCAGGCUCUCAGCGCCGAGAAGCGCGCCAAGAAGGUCCGCUUCUACCGCAACGGCGACCGCUACUUCAACGGCGUCGUCUACGCCGUCUCCGCCGACCGCUUCCGGACCUUCGACGCCCUGCUGGCCGACCUGACGCGCUCCCUGUCCGGCAACGUCAACCUGCCGCAGGGCGUCCGGACCAUCUACUCGCUGGACGGCAGCAGGCGCGUCACCGCCGUGGAGCAGCUGGUCGAAGGCGACAGCUACGUGUGCAGCUCGCUGGAGGCCUACAAGAAGGUGGACUACACCAAGAACGUCAACCCCAACUGGUCCGUCAACGUUAAGGCGGCGGCGGCGGCGGCCCGCGGGCCUGCGUCGCUGAGCAGCGCCAAGGCGGCGGCGGCGGCGGAGAGCUGCAAGGACUUUGUGCGCCCCCGCCUGGUGACGGUGGUGCGCAGCGGCGUGAAGCCUCGCAAGGCGGUGCGGGUGUUGCUCAACAAGAAGACGGCGCGCUCCUACGAGCAGGUGCUCACCGACAUCACCCACGCCAUCAAGCUGGACUCUGGCGUGGUGAAGAAGAUCUACACGCUGGAGGGAAAACUGGUGACGUGUCUGCAGGACUUCUUCGGAGACGAAGACGUGUUUGUGGCAUGCGGACCUGAGAAGCUGCGUUACCAAGACGACCUGAUGCUGGAUGAGAGCGAGUGUCGCAUGAUGAGGCCCAUGAACUACGCCAAGAUGUCCGCCUCUUGGACCCGGGGCUCCCCCAGGACUCUGAUCCAGACCAGGCGCAGCAAGUCCCCCGCAUCUGUGAACGGGGCGCCCGCCAGUCAGAUGUCCACGAAGUCUCCCAGCCCCUCCCCCGCCAGCCCCGGCGGCCUCAGCCAGCGGCGGGGCUCACAGGGCUCGUCUGCGUCGCUGUCCUCCGAUCCAGUGUCCAGCCCGGCGGACGGCGGCGAGGAAGUGGCCGCCGACCAGGUCCCGGCGGUCCCCUCCUACAUUUCAGAACGCUACGAAGUGGGACGCAUGUUGGGCGACGGGAACUUCGCCGUGGUCCACGAGUGCGUGGAGCACUCGACCGGGCGCCAUUACGCUCUGAAGAUCAUCAACAAGGGCAAAUGUCGAGGCAAGGAGCACAUGAUCCAGAACGAGGUGGCCAUCUUGCGGCGAGUGAAGCAUCCCAACGUGGUGCUGCUCAUCGAGGAGGUGGACACGUACAGCGAGCUCUACCUGGUCAUGGAGCUGGUGGAGGGGGGAGACCUUUUCGACGCCAUCACGUCCGCCAACAGGUACACGGAGAAGGACGCCAGCGGGAUGCUGUACGACCUGACCAACGCCAUCAAAUACCUCCACAGCCUCAACAUCGUGCACAGGGACAUCAAGCCCGAAAACCUGCUGGUCUACGAGCAUGCAGACGGCAGCAAGAGCCUAAAACUGGGAGACUUCGGUCUGGCCACCGCGGUGGACGGACCGCUGUACACCGUCUGCGGCACGCCCACAUAUGUAGCGCCGGAAAUCAUCGCCGAAACGGGGUACGGGUUGAAGGUGGACAUCUGGGCGGCCGGCGUCAUCACCUACAUCCUCCUGUGUGGGUUCCCGCCUUUCCGAGGGAGCAGCGAGGACCAGGAAGUUCUGUUUGACCAGAUCCUGAUGGGCCAGCUGGAGUUCCCGACCCCGUACUGGGACAACGUCUCCGAAACCGCCAAGGAGCUGAUCCGGUCCAUGCUGGAGGUGGAGGUGGAUCCGAGGUACACGGCCUUACAAGUGCUGGACCAUCCAUGGGUCACCGAUGAAGGUCUUUGUGAAAACCACCACCAGCUGUCUGUAGCGGGGAAGAUCAAGAAGCACUUCAACAGCGACAACACGGACAACAUGGCGGUCAUCCCGUUGGACGGGAGCUUUUCUAUGCAGAGAUCCGGGUCCUUGGACCUCCACCAGCACCCGGCCAUGUACUGGAUAAGGCCGCCCCUGCUGAUAAGAAGAGGACGUUUCUCCGACGAGGAUGCCACCCGGAUGUGAUGCCUUGGCGUUGUCCCCCCCCCUCCAGGCUCCCCCCUUUCAGGCUCCGCCUCCUCGCUGCCUACCCCUGACCCCUCGCCCAGCCCCCUCCCAUGUGACUCUUGACGUCAUCUCCAUCGGCUCGGCCUGCUUUCUUCUCCAAGAAAGGACGACCAGGACCAGGAAAGACAAUAAAGCAAAAAAAAAAAAAAAAAAAAAAAAAAAAAAAAAAGUUGGCGAGAACUUUCAAGACAAAAGAAUGUUGGAACUUUUGACUCAUCGGAGUUGUGAUUCAUCCCCUGGUUGACGGUCGGAGCUGAGGAUGAAACAUCUGCAAUACGGACAACUUCUUUCUUUUUUUAAUAUCUAGAAUAUGUAGUUCUCUUUUUCCAGGUGAGAAAUGUCGGGAAGGAACGUCGACUUUUACGGGAACAAACGUGACCGAGGCGCUUUCUUUUCUUACGGAAUUAUGUCGACGUGGCCAAAACGAAGACUCUCGUGUCGUGACGUCGGAUCGUCGUGGCGACGACCCGACUCGUGUGUAGCAAGCAUUGUAACCGCAAUGCGAACGCAGUCAAGACUGUAUCGAUGUGUCGUAACCUCGUUAGAACGUGUCCUCAUUUCACCCUCAUCACGCCUCGUUAGCCCCAGCAGGCACACCACCUUGAAACAACGUUGACAACUCAAACAUAACGUUGAAACAACGUUGGACAACUCAAAAAUAACGUUGAAACAACGUUGGACAACUCAAAAAUAACGUUGGAACAACGUUGACAACUCAAACAUAACGUUGAAACAACGUUGGACAACUCAAAAAUAACGUUGGAACAACGUUGGCAACUCAAACAUAGAGUUGGAACAACGUUGACAACUCAACACAACGUUGAAACAACGUUGGACAACUCAAAAAUAAUGUUGGAACAACGUUGGACAACUCAAAAGUAACGUUGGAACGUUGACAACUCAAACAUAACGUUGGAACAACAUUGGACAACUCAAAAAUAACGUUGGAGCAACGUUGACAACUCAAACAUAACGUUAGAAUAUCGUUGGACAACUCAAAAAUAACGUUGGAACAACGUUGACAACUCAAACAUAACGUUGAAACAACGUUGGACAACUCAAACAUAAUGUUGGAACAACGUUGACAACUCAAACAUAACGUUGAAACAACGUUGACAACUCAAACAUGACGUUGAAACAACGUUGACAACUCAAACAUAACGUUGGAACAACGUUGACAACUCAAAAAUAACAUUGAAACGUUGGACAACUAAAAAAUAACGUUGGAACAACGUUGACAUCUCAAACAUAACGUUGAUAACUCAAACAUAACGUUGAAA